CAGUACAAAAGUGAGGGUGGAAAUAAUGUUAUGGUAACAUCAAAUAAGAACAAGGACACCGCUUGGAAGAUGAAAAAUCAAUAAAAUAAAACAUUGCAAUACCAAAGUGCAUAAAGUGAAAGUCGCAGUUCAUUUUUCUUCUUCAAUAUUCCAGUUCCCAUCCAGUUUUUUAAAGUUAAUUUUUGUAUAAUAUAAACAUUAAAUCAAAGCAUAAACUUUAAAGCAUUUAUAUUAAUAAAUUAUGGUGAAAUAAACUGAAUAUCAGCAUUUGUCGGCAAAAUAUAUCCCCGGGCCCGUUUGUUUUUGUUGUUAUCCAUUUUAAUUACUUAGUUUGUUUGUUUUUUUUUUUAAUUUGGAACAAAGACAUUUUUAACAAAAUUGUCUCAGCCAGGAAGUAUUUUAAAAAAACAACAAGCUCACUAAUUUGUUUUUAUUAAUAUGGUUGGUAAAACUUUGUUGUCAACCGAGGCCAACAUGUUGAAAGAACGCCCAGUUUUCAUACCACCUCGAAAGCGACAGACAUCAAAGAAAACAAAUGGAACGCAGAAUUAUGUUGAUCAUAUAGUUGCAGUGCAGAAGGUAUCUCCUUCAUCGCCAGGCUUGGAAGAUGAUCUUCUUAAAACAUCACUCAUUCUCAAAAACAAACAACCACUGCCACAAAUCCCACUGGAUGAAACUAAAUUAUCAACAACUCAACUUCAGAUAAAGCCCAUUUCUGCAAGUUCAGAUAAUAUUUACGAAGGUGAGGAAAGUGAAUUACAACAUUUUGAAAAUCUACCUCCGGUAUUACUGCCAUCAACUCGCCGUGAAAGUUCCACCGUAACGCCCAGUAGUUAUUCCGAAAGUAGCUUAGAUGCUAAAUUGAGCAAGUCUCAAGACUGCCUCAGUACUAGAUCAUCCAAAAAACGAGUAAAUAUUCGAACGGAUAUUAAACAUGUUCGAAACAGCAAUAGGAACUCACCGGAAAUAGCUAACUAUGAAGAUUUGGAAUCGGGUGAAACUAGUGUACUCAAUGGAGAUGAUUUUAGUUUGGAAAGGUUCAAUACUAAGCGAUCCGUCGAUAGUCAUUACUUGACAAUGACAGGUACUAUAAAACGAGGUCGAAAAAAAGGUCAAUGUGUUGAUCUUCAAAUAAACAUAAGCCGUGCGGAACUCGAGCAAAUAAACGCAGUUGCGAUUGCUACUGAAACCAAAAAGAAAGCCAAUCUGUGGUGGACCUGUUCGUUAACUACGGGACUCCACAUCUUUAUCCUAUCGAUGAUAAGUCUUCCAUUUGUGAUUUUAUUCUCGGCAGUUUACUCGUUUUACAUCGGCACUCUAACUUGGUACAAUGUUUUCAACUAUUUCAAUGAGGAAAAAGGACUUGCUUACAAAUUUUUUGUGUCACCGCUACUUGUUCUCACUUAUCCCGUAGGAAUUAUAAUUUGUACUAUAGGCCUAGGUAUUUACGCUGGGGUCGUUCAAAUCAGCUUGCAAUUCAACAGUUGGUUAAACGAAGUCGGGGACAUAGAAAAGGGCUUCUAUGGAUGGCUUUGUGCCUUUCUACACCUAUCCGACUGUAGUCCGUAUGAGGUCGUAAUUUUAACCGAUAUUCGUAUGCCCGACGAGCAUCCGCAUGCAAAUACAUCGACUGAGGAGCUAUCACUAUAAUUUUUUGUCUGCCAAAUGAAAAGGCAGCGUUCGCGAGUAAAAUGUUUCUAAGAAACCAUUUUGGGAAACAGUCUCAAAGCAUGUUGGUUUCAUUUCUUUGAAUGGUGAUAAUAAUGUGGAACUUUGUUAAUAAUCCUAUGUAUCUUUUCGUGUAAGUCCCAAGCUAUGUAAAUACAUAAGAUAUUAAUAGUUUGUAUUACGCUUAAAAAUUGACUCUCUUCAAAAACAAACAUACUUUACUCUCAAAAAAAUGUUCGCCAUCCAGAGCUAACAAAAUUUGAUAUAUUUUCAUAUCUAUUAAAAUUUAAAAAAAAAAAUA